ACUACUUCUAACACUAAACAUCAUUAGCUUAAUUACUAAUUAGCUCAUAGUUAUGGCUCUUUCUCCAAGUCACCUCAUCCACUUUACUAUAAUAUUUGCUUUCCUUGUUAGUAUUUCUCAUGGUUUUAACCCAAAAUCUCUAAAUGUGUCUAGAAUUUAUCAACGACUCUCUAAUUCUAAUUGGUCUCCUGCUAGUGCUACUUGGUAUGGAAGCCCUAAUGGCGCAGGAAGUAACGGUGGAGCAUGCGGGUUCACAGAUACGGUGGAAAAAGCUCCAUAUUCUUCCAUGGUAUCUGCGGCUGGAAACUCAAUUUAUAGUUAUGGUGAAGGAUGUGGUGUUUGCUAUCAGGUAAAAUGUACAGAGAGUACAGCAUGUUCAGGAAAACCAGUGACAGUGACAAUAACAGAUCAAUGUCCUGGUUGUCCGUCAGCACAUUUUGAUUUAAGUGGAACUGCAUUUGGAGCCAUGGCUAAACCAGGCCAAUCUGAACAACUACGAGAUGUUGGUAAACUUGGCAUUCUAUACAAGAGAGUGAAAUGUAAGUAUCCAGGAGUAACAGUGGAGGUAAGAGUAGAUCCAGGGUCAAACCAAAACUACUUUGCAUCAACAAUUGAAUACACAGAUGGAACUGGAAUUGAAAGCGUGAAAUUAAAGCAAAGAAAUGGUGGAUGGAAAAACAUGGAAAAAUCGUGGGGUGCUGUUUGGGAGUAUAAUGGAGGAACUGUUCUUCAACCUCCUUUCUCUUUACAAUUAACUGAAAUUGGAACUGGUGCUACUCUUACAUUAAAUAAUGUCAUCCCUGGGAACUGGAAUCCUGGUCAAACUUACCGUUCUCAAGUUAAUUUUAAUAAUUAAUUAUCAUUUUUAAUCUUAAUUAAUGUCCUUCCUAUUUGGAUACUCUCCCAACAAAUUUGGGGUUAUCUAAAUACAUAAUAUAUCCUUAUAUCACCAACAGCUUCGAGGCAUGAAUCUGCAUGAUGUUGCCCGGCUAUUAGUUAUUAUAGACUUAUAGUUGGCUGUUUUUUUUCUUUUGUUUUAAAAAGAACUUGUAUACUAUUGGGAAUGUUAGGUUGUGGAAUAUGUAUUGUUCCCCCCCAUUCCUUUUUGUGUAACCUUUGCUUUAAAGUUAUGUUAACACUACUUGUGUGAUUUUUCCCUCCUUCACCAUAAUUUUAUCGUUUUCGACUCUUAAGUCUUGUAGAUUUCGAUUUAUAUAGUCGAUUUUUUAUAUGUUAUUCA